AUGGGCCCUGGCAGGUGGGUCCGAUCCACAGGAGGAUCAGAGGCUUAUCUUGGAGCAGUAAGGAGGGGCUGUCCUGUGCUUAAAGAGGGGGCCAGGGAGAGUCGGCACUGGAUUUGUGUUUCAGAAGAACGCAUGUGUUGUGUCAGCGGUGCCCUUUGCUGCCCUCCCUGUUACAAUGUGCAACUCAGUCUUCACACGGUAUCUGUGGAACCCGGCAGCUGCAGGCAGAGCACAGUUUCUCUUUCAUGUUUGCGUGUGCAUUUUCUAGAGUGGCUUCAGUCAUCCAUCUUCUCUGGAGGCUUGCAGACUAGCCAGAUCCACUACAGCUCCAAUGAGGAGAAAGAUGACCACUGCGAGAAAGAUGAGGACUGUGCAGGGGGCACACCUGCCAGCAAAUCUCGACUCUGCUCCCACAGACGGGCCCUGGGGGACCAUUCCCAGGCAUUUCUGCAAGCCAUUGCAGACAAUAACAUUCAGGAUCACAAUGUGAAGGACUUUUUGUGUCAAAUAGAAAGGUACUGUAGGCAGUGCCAUUUGACCACACCGAUCACGUUUCCGCCUGAGCAUCCCGUGGAAGAGGUCGGUCGCUUGCUGUUAUGUUGCCUCUUAAAACAUGAAGAUUUAGGUCAUGUGGCAUUAUCUUUAGUUCAUGCAGGUGCACUUGGUAUUGAGCAAGUAAAGCACAGAACGUUGCCUAAGUCAGUGGUGGAUGUUUGUAGAGUUGUCUACCAAGCAAAAUGUUCGCUCAUUAAGACUCAUCAAGAACAGGGCCGUUCUUACAAGGAGGUCUGCGCCCCUGUCAUCGAGCGUUUGAGAUUCCUCUUUAAUGAAUUGAGACCUGCUGUUUGUAAUGACCUCUCUAUAAUGUCUAAGUUUAAAUUGUUAAGUUCUUUGCCCCGUUGGAGGAGGAUAGCUCAGAAGAUAAUUCGAGAACGAAGGAAAAAGAGAAUUCCUAAGAAGCCAGAAUCUACGGAUGAUGAAAAAAAUAUUGGAAACGAAGAGAGUGAUUUAGAAGAAGCUUGCAUUUUGCCUCAUAGUCCAAUAAAUGUGGACAAGAGACCCAUUGCAAUUAAAUCACCCAAGGACAAAUGGCAGCCGCUGUUGAAUACUGUUACAGGUGUUCACAAAUACAAGUGGUUGAAGCAGAAUGUUCAGGGUCUUUAUCCGCAGUCUCCCCUCCUCAGUACAAUUGCUGAAUUUGCCCUUAAAGAAGAGCCAGUGGAUGUGGAAAAAAUGAGAAAGUGCCUACUAAAACAGUUGGAGAGAGCAGAGGUUCGCCUGGAAGGGAUAGAUACAAUUUUAAACAAGAAUUUCUUACUUCCAUCUGUGCAGUACGUAAUGUUUUGUGGAUGGCAAAGACUUAUUCCUGAGGGAAUCGAUAUAGGGGAACCUCUUACUGAUUGUUUAAAGGAUGUUGAUUUGAUCCCCCCUUUUAAUCGGAUGCUGCUGGAAGUCACCUUUGGCAAGCUGUAUGCUUGGGCUGUUCAGAACAUUCGAAAUGUUUUGAUGGAUGCCAAUGCCAAAUUUAAAGAGCUUGGUAUCCAGCUGGUUCCCCUGCAAACCAUUACCAAUGAGAACCCGUCAGGACCGAGCCUGGGGACCAUCCCACAAGCCUGCUUCCUCCUGGUGAUGCUCAGCAUGCUCACCCUGCAGCACGGCGCAAACAACCUCGACCUCCUGCUCAAUUCCAGCACACUGGCCCUCACGCAGACGGCACUGCGCCUGAUUGUGACUGUGGAAGGGAAGGUGUACGCCUGUGGAGAAGCCACGAAUGGCCGGCUGGGGCUGGGCAUUUCCAGCGGGACGGUGCCCAUCCCACGGCAGACCACAGCUCUCAGCAGCUACGUGGUGAAGAAGGUGGCUGUUCACUCAGGUGGCCGGCACGCCACGGCUUUAACUGUCGAUGGAGAAGUGUUUUCGUGGGGCGAAGGUGACGACGGAAAACUUGGACACUUCAGCAGAAUGAACUGUGACAAGCCAAGGCUGAUCGAGGCCCUGAAAACCAAGCCAAUCCAGGAUAUCGCCUGUGGGAGCUCCCACAGCAUGGCCCUCACAUCCAGUGGAGAACUGUACACCUGGGGCCUCGGCGAGUAUGGCCGGCUGGGACAUGGGGAUAAUACGACCCAGCUAAAGCCCAAAAUGGUGAUUAUACGCAUUUUUGUUGCUUACAGAAAGCUUACCAUCUGA